AGGAGUGUGGAUGAAAGAGAGAAAGAGGGUGAGUUUCUCAUAAGUCUUCAGAACUGAGAGGGAUCUCAUAACAGAGGAGACAUAGGGAUCAGACGAGGCUGUGUCUGCAUUGCAGCUGAGAACACACAGCAGAGGGUCAAGAGCAGCAACAAAGUUAAACAUAUUUAGGAUAUCACUAACCUGACAUGAUGGAAGUCGUCCUAACCAGACUGCGGGACUUCUCCUGCAAAACCUCCACCUUUGAUGACAGUAAGGCAGCAGGGCAGAGUGCAUGCAGGGAUCAUCGCAGCGGGGCGGGAUACACAGCUGGAGAGGAAGCUGAAAAACUGGACAUAGAGAGCGCACUGGCCUGGCUGCGAAGGGAACUGAUGGAGAUGCGUUCCCAGGACCAAGUUCUGAUCCGCCAGCUGAUGGAUCUUCACUCCGGCAUCCAGGAGCUGAAGCAGGAGUUUUCAGAGGAGGAGCCAGGGGAUGAAACAGAUGAGGAAGAAGCAGAGGAGGAAGAGGAAAGCAGCUACUGGGACUCUGAGAGUGAACAAGGAAGCGGCAGCGUCUACUCCUCUGGCUCAGGAGGGGUGGGCAUUUCUAUUUCCUGUCUGAAGACACCUCCAUCCCUUUACUCAAGGGUUUUAUCAAAGAGGGUGUUCAACAGGAGAAGCUCUGUGCCUUGAAAAUUAGUAGAAAUUUAACUUUUAAAGUCUCUCGUCAGCAAAUCUAUAUUUAGGCAGUCAACAAAGACAAGAUGAAGCAAAAAUAAAUACAUUUGCUGUUUUCCCACCAUAAAUUUGACUUCUUUUAUGUAGCUUGCUUUUCUUGAGAGAAGCAAAGAGGAUGACUGGACUUGAGGGGAAAAAAGAAAAACCUAUGUAUUGUUUGUAUAAUUUAAACCCCUUCAUUUAAAGCCAUUUUGAUGUGUUCUUUAGCUGACUAUUUAUUCUUUCUUUAUUCCUUUUGGGGAAAAUAUGAUACUGUAAACUAAAACAAAACCAUUUCAGACAGGUUAAAUUCUAAAGAACUGUUAGAUGUUUGUGGCAAUACACUUAUUUGCUUCUGGCGAAGAGUUCAAUACAGGAAACCGAGGGAAGAGCUAGCUUGAAUGCCAGCAUGUUGACUUCAUUUUUUGUAAAGAUUCAAAUAAAUGUGGUAAAUUGUUAUUUUGUCAGCAAUGAAGGGUGUUUGAGGUGGAUUUUGUUGAUUUCCAUAGAGCCAGACUAGCUGUUUGCCCAUGUUUUUUAGUCGUUAUGCUAAGCUAAGCUAACAAAGCUAUUUUAUGAAAAAGAGUAUUAGCUAUCAAAUCUUCUCUUCUAAUUCAUUUUUUUCCAAAAUAUCUAAAGAACGGUUUAUUUUAGUAAGGUGGGAAAGGUGACGAAGGAUAUAAUAAGUCCUGUAUCAAAUUUGACCUAAAGGCAUUCAUUCAUGUCUUUGUGUAGCAUUGUGUGUG